AUGAUUCCUGGCAUGGAAUCUCGGACUUUUUAUGCUCAAAUAUUUGCCUUGGCACAAUGUCGGGUUGGUAUAAACUCAAUAGCUUUCACACUCUCUGUUCCUUUCACUGCUGCCGUGCUAGAUACUGAAGGUCUCCCUGAUUCGGGUCUUAACACAUCUUCGUGGGUGACUGGUGUAAAGCCACCCCUAUCGAGCAUCUACAACCUCCAUGACAUGCAACUAGCUGUCAAGAAUUAUUUGGGCGAGACUCAAUAUGCUUACAUUCGCACCGGAUCGUUGGAUGAGCUUAGUAUGUUGCAAAACAUAUUUAUCAGACUUAUCCCUCACCAAACUCACGGUCGAAACGUCCUCAACGUUAGCACCGAACAAACCUUACUGGGGACCAAGUUUUCUGUCCCUUUCUUCAUUGCUCCAGCCGGGUACUCUAGCUUUACUGACCCCGAAAAUGGUGAGCUGAACCUUGUCAAGGGGGCCGGUAAUCAAGGCGCUCUCUACGUACCCAGUAUUCUGUCAAGCAAGACAACCGCAGAGAUGGCUGCUGCGAAAUUGAGCAACCAGACCCUCUUCAGACAGAUAUACCCAUGGGCCAAUAGGACCCGCCUCCUGAACGACUUUGCUCAAGCUGAAGCUUCGGGAUACAAGGCCAUCUUCUUGACAUUAGACAACCCAACGGUUCAGGGCAUUCGUACCCGUGCACUCCGUAAUGGCGCCCCGGAUAGCAGUGGUACUUAUUCGACUGAUCGUAGCCUUCAAUCCGCGGCUGAGCUUCAAAAGUCUACUAAGCUGCCUAUUGUACCGAAAGGAAUAAUCUCUUGGGAGGAUGCCAAGAUGUGUGCCGAUCUUGGCUUCAAAGCGAAUGCACCCGAGGUAUUCACCAAGAUGGAGGUUUACGCGGAUGGUGGUGUUCGUCAUGGAACUGACAUUGCCAAAUUGUUGGCAUUGGGUGUAAAGGGCAUUGGUAUUGGACGAUCGGCGGUGUUCUCUAACGCCUGGGGAGUCGAGGGGGUUGAGAAAUUCUUUAGCCUACUUAAGAGGGAGCUCACUACGACAAUGAUGCUCCUCGGUGUCACAGAUGUUUCGCAGCUGGAUCGCACCUAUGUCAACACAAAAGCAGUUGAGAACAUGAUGUACUAG